AUGUACUCCACUGAUUCCAGUAGUGUAAGCAAUUACCUACCUGAUAGAGACCGUCGUAGGGAGCAGUUAAUGUCAUAUCUUGUGCAUACUCAUCGUUGCCGCGACAUUAUUUGGAUGGGUCCAGAGGCAUUUAUUAAUCUUUGUGAGAGAGUAAGAUCAACUGGGUUAGUGAAGGACGCAAUUCGGUCGACCGUGGAGGAACAAGUUGCUGAAUUUCUUCAUAUAAUUGGUCAUAAUGUUAAGAAUCGUAGUGUGGCCUUUUUCUUCCAUCGAUCAGGUUCGACGGUUAGCAAACACUUUCACAAUGUGUUGGACGCUAUCUUAAGUUUAGAAUCAGAAUUUCUAAUACAACCAUCAGGAAAUGAGGAUUGUUUGGGGGCCGUAGACGGUACUCAUGUUAGGGUAAGGGUUCCAAGUUCUGAAGCUCCGAGAUUUCGAGGAAGAAAAGAUUGGCCAACACAAAAUGUCUUUGCGGCGUGUGAUUUCGACAUGAAAUUCACCUACGUUCUUGCUGGAUGGGAAGGCACUGCAUCCGAUUCAAGAAUAUUGAAAAAUGCUCUUGAUCGAGAUGAUCCGUUGGUUAUCCCCCAACGAAAAUACUACCUAGGUGAUGCAGGUUUCAUGUUGAAAAGCACAAUUUUGACUCCAUAUAGAGGCGUCAGAUAUCACCUAAAAGAAUAUACACGCAGAGGACCACAAAAUGCACGGGAGUUGUUUAAUCAUCGGCACUCGUCGUUGAGAAACGUAAUUGAAAGAACUUUUGGUGUGUUGAAAAAAAGAUUCCCUAUCAUUGGAAGUGGCACUGAACCACACUAUGGAUUGGAGACGAUGACUAAUAUCAUACUAGCUUGUUGUAUAUUACACAACUUCAUUCGGGGCGUGGAUAACGAAGACUCCUUACUCGAUGAAGUUGAUAACGAGUUGAAUGAAAGGGAAGAACAUGAUCAGCCUUCAUCUCAAGUUAGAGAAGACGACCAUAGGAUUGGAAGUAGUAUUAGGGAUUGUAUAGCUGAUCAAAUGUGGCGUGAUUACCAAGCAUCGUAUAAAAUGAAUAGGGGUAAGGCACCCGCCAUUCUGUCCUCUGGUCCUACUAGAGAGUUCAUGAAAUGGACAGAGGACAUGGACGCACGUCUACUACACUGCAUGAUCGAGGAAUCAAGAAUGGGUAAUAGGGUUGAUGGAAGCUGGACAACCCAAGCAUAUACUAACAUAGUUGAUCAUCUUCACAGCGCUGGGUAUGUCGCAGUUACAAAAAAUAAUGUGAAAAAUCGUCAGAAAGUGUUAAAGGAUAAAUGGCGUGAGGUGCAUGACUUGUUCUCUGGAUUGAGUGGAUUUGCUUGGAAUCCAGUAAGCAUGACAUUUCAUGCUGAGGACGAAGUCUGGCUUGACCUGAUUCAGUCGCGGCCAGCUGCGGCGAAGUGGAGAGUUAACAGUAUAAAACACUACGAUUUAAUGGUAGAGUUAUGGGCAGCUGAUCGAGCUACUGGGAGUGGUGUUCGAACUGCUCGUCAAGCUCGAAGACAAUGUGUUGGUCCUCAUGUAACUGUUGAUUUGAAUGAAAAUGUUGAGUUCAUUCCAGAACAGUCUCAGUGGACAGGAUACAGAGACCCAACUCCACCAUCGCCUCCUCCAUCUGUUGAUGAAUAUAGUCCGGCCCAGACUCAAUCUGUGCCUUCCGUCCCAUCUGGUGGGACUUCUUCCUCACGAGGCUCGAAAAGGAAGGCACCUAUGGUGGAUUCUAUUGAUACCCAAUUUGAUAAGUUGAACACUAGUCUGGAUGGGUUUGCAAAUGUACUAAGCUCAUCAAAUGUACAUUUUGGGGUAAUUUCUGAUGCCGCCGUGCGUCAAGUAUCAGCGAUGGAGGACAGAAAUGAAAUACUACGUUCCCAAACCGAGAUUCUUUGUCGCACCCCCAAUUACACAUAUACUGAGGCGGACAUUUAUGAAAUGUUGACUGCUAUGAACAUCAGUGACGAUAAUUUGCUAGAGCAGUGCUAUGAUUUCUUAUGUCGAAACCCGACAUGCACGAAGAGGUUGAUGGGAUUGCCACCACAUAAGCGGUGGAACAAAUUAUAUAAAAUGAUAUCGGGCGGUGACUGUUAA